CUCGUUCAGACACCACCGUAUGAAUGUAGCGUCUACGUCGAACAAUUCCUGCGAUGGCACCUCGCAGCUACUGAUGGCGAGGACAGAACCUGGAUCUUGCAGCUUAAUAAUUCCGAGGCCUGUCAGAUAUGCUAUAACGGCUACUUUGAAAACGGCAUGGACGCCUGUCUGCAGUGUCAUAAGCCCUUGGCAGCCCAGCUGAAACACUUGUCACACUGUCGUGACUGUCUCAGUGCGUGGAGGCCACACCGCAGUGACUGCCACCUAUGUUUUCUUGAGCCCAAACACAUGGUACGAACCACACUCUGUCGUCUGAAUACCGAGGUGAAGACGGCGAUUGAGAGGAUGAAUCUCUAUGCUAAAGAGCAGUAUUAG